UCCAAUGUUGCCCUGCAUUGGCCAGAUUCCUCGUUGUUUUCUGCUACAUUCUUCAACAUCGCUACGAAUCCGACCAAUCUGGUCCUUUUCAAUUAAGAUGGCUGCGGAAAACUACACUUUUGGACCUUACAAGAUACACAACAGUGAAGUGUUCUACUCCACCCAUCUCUCUUAUGCCAUGGUUAACUUGCGUCCUCUUCUCCCUGCACAUGUGCUUAUCUGUCCAAAGCGCGAAGUUAAGCGAUUCGUUGAUCUCACUGUUGAUGAGACUUCUGAUUUAUGGCUUACUGCACAGAAAGUUGGUAGGCAGCUUGAGAGCUACCAUAAGGCUUCAUCACUUACUUUUGCUAUCCAAGAUGGACCCCAAGCAGGACAAACGGUACCUCAUGUUCACAUACAUGUUGUCCCUCGGAGAGGUGGUGACUUCGAGAAGAACGAUGAGAUAUAUGAUGCUAUGGAUGAGAAGGAGAAGGAAUUGAAAGAAAAGCUUGACUUGGACAAGGAGCGGAAAGACAGAAGCCUUGAAGAGAUGGCACAUGAGGCUGAUGAAUACAGAAAACUUUUCUUAUAACAUUUUAGCCAGCAGUUGAAAUUUAAUUAUUUCUGCUUCAUUUGAUCUUCUGAAUUAUCCCAGUAUAGACUAUUUAAUGCACUUCCUUGUUGCCAUAGAAAAAUGUGUUCCGUUACAUUAUAACUUUUGAGUUGUACUGGACCAUACAUGUCACACAAAUUCUAGUUUCCAGGGGAAUUUUAUGAUUUAUAUUGUAUGUUGCAUUGUACAUUUGUACUAAAGUUUGAAGGGUAAUGACAACGUGGUUCAACUCAAAGU